AUGGGAAAUUGUCAGGCGAUAAACGCGGCAGUUCUAGUUCUACAGCAUCCCGGCGGGAAAAUCGACAGGUACUACGGCUCUGUAUCCGUAAGCAAAGUCAUGGGUAUGUAUCCUGGCUACUACGUCUCUCUCAUCAUUCCUUUGACUGAGAACGAAGAAGACACGAAUAUUCCGCAGACGUUGAAGAGUGACGAUAAGAAACAGAGGAAGACUGUGAGGUUUACACGUGUCCAGCUUCUCCGUCCGACGGAGAGUCUUGUCCUUGGUCACGCUUACCGUCUCAUUACUUCACAAGAGGUUAUGAAGGUCUUACGGGAAAAGAAAUGCGCGAAGAUGAAGAAGCACCACACUGAGACGACGACGGUGAAGAAGCUGUCCGAAAAGAAAGUUCCGGAGAAGAAACAAGGGAAGCAAUUUCGUGUCUUAACGAAUUCAAUUUCUUCCCUAAAGUCCAAAACAUGGAAGCCAUCUCUUCAGAGCAUCUCUGAAGCUACGAGCUGA